CCCGGGUCACGUGAGCCAGCGAGCUACGGCGCGCCGGAGCGGCCAAGCGGCGCCGUCCUGCCCGCCGCCAUGCCCCGGUACGCGCAGCUGGUGAUGGGCCCGGCGGGCAGCGGGAAGAGCACGUACUGCUCCGCCGUGGUGCAGCACUGCGAGGCGCUGGGCCGCGCCGUGCAGGUGGUGAACCUGGACCCGGCGGCCGAGCUCUUCAGCUACCCCGUGCUGGCAGACAUCCGCGAGCUGAUAGAAGUGGAGGAUGUGAUGGAGGACGAGUCCCUGCGGUUCGGCCCCAACGGCGGCCUGGUGUUCUGCAUGGAGUACUUCGCCAACAACUUCAGCUGGCUGGAGGAGAGCCUGGGGCACGUGGAGGAUGACUACCUGCUGUUCGAUUGCCCCGGUCAGAUCGAGCUGUACACACACCUGCCUGUGAUGAAGCAGCUGGUGGAGCAGCUCCAGCAGUGGGAAUUCCGCGUCUGUGGAGUUUUUCUUGUGGAUUCUCAGUUUAUGGUGGAAUCUUUUAAGUUUAUCUCUGGAAUUCUGGCAGCCCUCAGUGCAAUGAUAUCUUUAGAGAUCCCACAGAUUAACAUCAUGACAAAAAUGGAUUUGCUGAGCAAGAAAGCCAAGAAGGAAAUAGAAAAGUACUUGGAUCCAGACAUGUAUUCCAUGAUUGAAGAUUCUACAAGUAUAUUGAAAAGCAAAAGGUUUCAGAAGCUGACUCAAUCAAUAUGUGGAUUGAUUGAUGACUACGGGAUGGUUCGAUUCCUGCCUUUUGAUCGCUCUGAUGAGGAGAGUAUCAACAUAGUCCUGCAGCACAUAGACUUCACCAUCCAGUAUGGAGAGGACCUUGAAUUUAAAGAACCAAAGGAAUGUGAAGAGGAUAAAUCUGCUCUUGUGGAUGAAUACUUCCAAGAUCGUGUGGAUGAGUAAAAACCAGAUGUUCAAAAAUGGGAGGAAAACACCUUGCUUGUGUAAAAAAUAAAAAUUAACAUAAAAAAAAGAAAAAAGUAAAGAAAAAUGAAAAAAAAAAACCCUUCACACAAACCUACUUGAUGUUUUAUCUGUAAAAUAACUAAAGUGUAUAGUGAAAAGUGAUCUAUAUGAGCUCAUAACUAUUUUAAUAAACAUUUUUUAUUCUA